UGCAAUGUUGUGGCAGCCUCGUUUUCGGGAUAUUUGACGUUUCGUUGCCCUGAUACCUGUACGCGCAGAGCUUCAUUGACUGUCUGCGUUUGAUCCAGGCUCUCGUUAAGAUUCAAGAUGGGUGUGCUACGUGACGAAACGAAUAUAUUUUCAUAUGAAAGUUCUGGCGACGACUUAGAAAAUUUGGAUAAUGAUGUCAGAGAAGAGGUGCUGGCGAACAAUUUGAAGCAUCAACGGAAACCAUUAAAUAAAAACACAAUGAGACUAAGCAACCUGCAAACAGACAAUGGUUAUCAAGGCUCCAGUAGGAAGACCGGGGUCAAGAGGUCAAGGAGAGGAGAAAACUUGAAGUAUCUUCUGAACUUGGUGGAGAAGGAAGACGACCUGGAACUGAGCAUGGAGGUGGGCGAGCCCAGUAUAUCAGCGUUUGCAGAACUCUUUAUGGAGCCUGAAAAAAUGAAGGUGUGGAAAGAUUUCAUGAACAGCUCGGAGGAAGAGCAGGGCCGAAUUCUGCAGGAAAAAGGAAGAAUUGCAGUGAAUAGCAAAGAAAAACGUACAGAAAACAGAAAUGACAACAAAGAUCUCGAUAACAGUUGGGAGGAGAUACCAGAUAACAGGGCGGUUCAUCCAGCCUUUACCCCAGAAGAGUGUUAUCAAAGACUUGACAGGAACAUCAGACUUUUUCUCAAACGAAGAAAUAUUCCUGUGGGAAUCCUUCAUGGUUUAGAACAGGAUUUGAUCUCAUUCUUCAAGGACUGGCCGGGGUCAGUUUACGUGUCCAAGCUGACGUCCAGUUUUGAAAGAAUGCUCCUCCAUGCCAUUUGUCAGUACCUAGAUCUCUCCUCCUCAAGUUUUGAUGAAGGCAACUGUCGACGGACACACGUCGAGAACAAAUUCUCCUCGUUCACCCCUCCCUCCGUUCUCCUCAGCAGCUAUCUACAAAGGGCAGCAACGUCAUGGCAACAUAACUCCCAACCGGGCAACUGUGUGUAAUCUGUACCUUUGUUACUCUCCACAUUGCCAUAUUUAUCAACUACCAAUUGUCAGUUGGUAUCUGGAUAUCUAUGGAUGACAAGUCUUUUUAGAUUUUUGUUGUUCUUUGGUAGAAAGUACCAGUUGUGAUUUAUACAGUUAUGAUUUGCCUUGGUUCAGUUAAGUUUGUUAAUGCAAGUUUUCUUUAAAUUUUGUAUGGAACAUCUGUUUUGUUUUAAAAUAAAAGCCUUUCUGAAAUUUUUUAUGGACAAACCCAACAAAAAAGGAAAAUACUGACAUUUGAAAUAUUAAGUUCAAUGUUGAAAUCAACAUUUUUUUUUAUUAAUGAAAAAA